GCAGUAUCCAUAAACACUAAACACCAGAAGGCAGUGGCUUGGACUCACUAUAAACUCUAAUAACGCCACGACUGCCAUUAGCUCAUUCGUCAUAGGUUCUAGUCACCCAGCAGCAGAGGCUCAAACGGUUAAAAACAACAAACCUUCAUUCUGUGUGUGAGCUGAGGACGGCAGACAGGUUCUCCUUUGUGCUUCAAGCUGAGGAUCUCUGCGGUAGAGAUGUUGAACAGACCACUAGCAGGAACAGGUGAAGAGGUGGGACCCCAGGGGUCCAUCAGGGUGAACGUGGAGCUGCAGUACAAGCUGGGAGAGAAGACCGAGGCACGGCUGCAGGAGAAGGGGGCACGGUGUAUCGAAGAGGUCACCAUUAGAGAGCAUUACUACGACACAGAGAGCUUCCACCUGGCUUCUCAGCAGACCUGGCUAAGCAAACAGGGCAGUCAGUGGAGAAUGAUCAUAGGUAACAAUCCAUACUCUUCCAACAAUAUGCCACCAGAGCCAGAGAGUCAGGCUGCAGGCUCUGGAUGUCCCUCUACAGUCUGGGGAGAGAAGCUAUGUGUGGAUAGAGACGAAACAGAAGGGCCAAAGGGCUGUGAGGACAACCCCCUUUCUAUUCCAGAGAUAGGACAGAUCCAGGGUCAGCCCUGUCCUCCUGCACCCCAGUACAGGGAGCUGACUGGCCACACUCCCAUCAUCCAGCACCUGGCUCACUGCUUAGGGGUCCCAGUGAGAGAUCAGGAGAGCUGCAGCAGCACUGAGGCCAUGAAGGCCUUCCUGGAGCUGGCAGGGAUCCAGAGUUAUGGCAGCUGGACAAGGGCCAGGAGGAUGGAGUACAAGCUGCCUGGUGAUGACUGCACACUGGUGGUGCAGAAGAACCACAGCGUGGGAGGAUCUGCAAACAAUGAAACUGCACUGGUGUCCAUGAGGGCAGACAUUUUACAUAUUGGCCAUGAACUGGAGAAGAUGGAAAAAGUGGCUGCAGAGCUUGACCUAAGGCCCUUAUCUCCCAACUGACCAUGUUACAAGCUACUGUGUAUGGUUAUCUAAGCGUUUCAAACAGAAGUUCAUGGCAAGAGGACAAUUGACCCAAAUUAUUAAAUAUUUAUCUAGG